AUGGACACGUCGGCUUUGCGGGAUUUCGCCUUUAAGAAGCUGCAAGAGGCCAGAGAGCGAGGCACGGAGCUGGCGACGGUGACCGCUGCACGCGCGGCCUCGUCUAUUUCUAGCUCCGUGCCGGUGUCUUCGCCGUUUGUCUUUCGCUCGCAGAGCUCGACAGCUCCGCAGGAGUCCCAGCGGCCAGUGUCGCUGGAGCAGAAGCUGGAGACGUUAAAGACGUCCAAUCACUCGCUACGUGCGACACUAACGGGGAGCUCCUCUGGCUCUGUAGACGAGAGCAUCUACAAGCUGGACCUGAUCAACGAGUCAUUGGCGUUUACGAUCGAAAACGUCCAGGGGGCCUCUCAUGCAAUCAAGCUGUUGCAUCGCCAGAUGAAGGACACUGCGGGUAUGGAAAAUGCGGAGCACAAGACUUUUUAUCGACGCCGUCCGAACGUCGGAUAA